AUGCAACUUAUUACGUUUAAUAACAUUGAACAAAUUACGAGCGAAACGAGUUGCCUAUCCGGACUAUCGAGCGAACAAAUAUUCACGAAAUAUGCACCCUGCUUCGAAGGACUCGGACGGAUAUCUGAACCCUAUCACAUAAAAGUUAACCCCACCGUCACCCCCGUCGUUCACCCCCCUCGGAAAUUGCCUGCAACCCUUAGAGACAGAGUUCAUCGCGAACUGUCGUCUAUGGAAGAGAACGGAAUAAUCAAAAAAGUCGACGGCCCUACGGCAUGGGUCAAUUCCAUGGUUGUCAACGAAAAACGGUCCGGUAAACUACGUAUCUGUAUCGACCCUCGAGACCUGAAUAAAGCGAUACGUCGAGAACAUUAUCAAUUGCCUACGCAACAAGAGAUAACCAGUCGUUUGACAGGUGCUAAAUACUUUAGUAAAUUAGACGCCACAUCGGGAUUUUGGCAAAUGCCACUAGACAAAGAAAGUUCCUUUCUUACGUUUAAUACCCCGUUUGGUCGUUAUCGCUUCACUGUAGUACCUUUCGGCGUGGUAUUUGCACAAGAAGUUUUUCAUAAGACUGUUCACGAGCACUUUCGAGACAUAUCCGGUUGCGAGACCGAUAUAGACGAUAUUCUAAUUUGGGGACGUACGAUAGACGAACACGAUCGGAAUUUAGAACAUGUACUUAAUCGCGUUAGUCAGAUAAAUAUGAAAUUGAGUCGAGAGAAAUGCCAAUUUCGACAGACCGAGAUUACCUACCUCGGUGAGUGCCUCACUCAACACGGUGUCAAACCUGACGUAGACAAGAUUAAAGCAAUUAACGAUUACGUAAAACCGAGCAAUAAACAAGAUGUACAACGCUUACUCGGAAUGGUGAAUUUCGUAGCUAAGUUCGCGCCUAAAGUGUCCGAAGUCACAGCUCCCCUUCGCGAACUGAUCAAAAAGAACGUUGAAUUUCAUUGGUUAGACAUUCACGAUAAGGCAUUUUCAGACGGUUAGGUGGAAAACGCGGACAUGCGGACACGCGGACAUGCGGACACGUAAGUCAAGUGGAAAACGCGGACAUGCGGACACGCAAGUCAAAGUGGAAAACGCGGACAUGCGGACACGCAAGUCAAGUGGAAAACGCGGACAUGCGGACACGAAAUUUACUAAACUUCAAAAAAUCUAUUACGACAAUAAUUAAUAAUUUUUCGCGUGAUAUUGAAAGUUAUCAAUGCCGAGGUUGUGUAUUUCUCUCUCUUUUCUCUGUCUUAGUUUGUAAGCUCUUUAGUGUAUUUCGUUUCUUCUUUUUUAGUUACAAAACCAAAUCUCGCCAUGGGCCAUGGCUUUAUAUGUUCUGCAUGUAAAGAAGCUCGUUUUCUGCUGGCAGAAUUGAUGCCAUAUUUACAUUCAGAAAGCUAUAUCUGCAGGUGUGAUGUCAUAAUUACACAAUCAAUUCCAUGUAUUUUACUUACAGUAUUGAAGAUUCUGAAAAAUCCACUCAGAAUCUUUACAAAAUACAAACAACGGCAAUUCAGAAAACGUUUUCAUAUAUUCAAGUUUCAACUACAUAUGUUUUAAUUGUCAUCACGAAUGAUACUGGGUUAUAUUUUAUAAGUGAGGAAUCACAGAGUAAUUUGAUAUACAUACACAUACGUAUAUAUUAUCAGGUCUUUUGAUGCUUUACUUCCCUGCUUCAAGGUUAAGUUCUCAGUGCAAAAUUGUAGCUGAUCAUGACUAACUUGUGAUUGCCGAUCAACACUAGGGGUACAGUUGAUCGCACGCGCAGGUAUAGUUUUGCAACUAUUUAUUCGUCGGGAUCAUUAUUAUGAUAUAGAAUGCCCGUCCAUUUUGACACUUCGCACCUACUUUAAUCCUUUGCGAACAGCGACAACUUCCUCAUAAUAGGUACUCGAUAGAAUUAAUUACUGAUGGGUUUUGUAGAUGGAAAUUUCGAAUGUCACUUUUAUAGAUUUUUUUAUACCUAACCGGCCCUAACCAGGAGCAGUUGAGAAAAAUUCCAGCAAUUGCCCAAAAUCCUCUAGAUUGGCAUCGCCUUAGUAUAUAUACACAUGGACUUGCGGUUUGCGUUCGACAACAGGAUUCUAUAGGUCAGUUGGUUAGAGCACUUCGAGAUUGGCGUAUUCAUACUGUCUGCGUUUCAGUUUUGAUCAUUUCAACUAAAAUAGAGUGAUAUGUAAAGGACAUAUCACACCUGCUCGUGUGACAACGAAAGGCCUGCUUAAAUUACUUCCGAUCUAUGCUUUGCCGUUAGUUCCGAUCCGAAUAUCCGAUCUAUGCUUUGCUGUUAGUUCCGAUCCGAUCUAUGCUUUGCUGUUAGAGUAUUCACCACAAGAUGUCGUUUAAGCUCCCUUCUUUUUCAAAAUCGAAGGUCUCCUAUCACGAAUUCACGAAAGGUCUUGAAACAUUUUUGUGGACUGAUCUCUCUGAUACUAGUGAGAUUGGAAGAGGUACAUUUGGCGCAGAGUUACUUGCCCCUUUGAAGAGUGAGCAAAAAACAGUAGCAGAAAAAGUCGUCGUUAAGAAAUUGCUACAAUCGUCGAGGUCUGAUGAAAAACAAAGUUUUCUGGGCACUAGUAAAACAAUGAGUUUUGUCACGAGAGUUGACAAAACAAAGAAUUAGUUGUGAAUGCUUUGACUGUAUUUAGAGGUCCCACUCGAUCAAAAAGUCAGAUCUGGCAAGUUUGAACAUUUUUCUACCUAUUAAAAUAGAAUUAUUCUCGAGCAAAAUUCGAACAUAAUAGGCUGUUUCACGAUAAUUCUAUAUCAUAAUAAUGAUCCCGACGAAUAAAUAGUUGCAAAACUAUACCUGCGCGUGCGAUCAACUGUACCCCUAGUGUUGAUCGGCAAUCACAAGUUAGUCAUGAUCAGCUACAAUUUUGCACUGAGAACAUAACCUUGAAGCAGGGAAGUAAAGCAUCAAAAGACCUGAUAAUAUAUACGUAUGUGUAUGUAUAUCAAAUUACUCUGUGAUUCCUCACUUAUAAAAUAUAACCCAGUAUCAUUCGUGAUGACAAUUAAAACAUAUGUAGUUGAAACUUGAAUAUAUGAAAACGUUUUCUGAAUUGCCGUUGUUUGUAUUUUGUAAAGAUUCUGAGUGGAUUUUUCAGAAUCUUCAAUACUGUAAGUAAAAUACAUGGAAUUGAUUGUGUAAUUAUGACAUCACACCUGCAGAUAUAGCUUUCUGAAUGUAAAUAUGGCAUCAAUUCUGCCAGCAGAAAACGAGCUUCUUUACAUGCAGAACAUAUAAAGCCAUGGCCCAUGGCGAGAUUUGUUUUUCUAACUAAAAAAGAAGCGAAAUAAACGAAAUACACUAAACGAGCUUACAAACUAAGACAGAGAAAAGAGAGAGAAAUACACGGCAUUGAUAACUUUCAAUAUCACGCGAAAAAUUAUUAAUUAUUGUCGUAAUAGAUUUUUUGAAGUUUAGUAAAUUUCGUGUCCGCAUGUCCGCGUUUUCCACUUGACUUGCGUGUCCGCAUGUCCGCGUUUUCCACUUGACUUGCGUGUCCGCAUGUCCGCGUUUUCCACUUGACUUGCGUGUCCGCAUGUCCGCCUGUCCGCAUGUCCGCGUGUCCGCAUGUCCGCGUUUUCCACCUAACCCAGUUUGAGAAACUCUGGAAACACUUUAUUUGUGCCAAAACCGCGAACGAACUAUGGUAAACGAAGUUUUAGUUACAGCGGGACAGUGUAAGUUGUGGAAUGAGUUGCCUCAAAAUGUACGGGCAUGCAAUAUGCUCUCUUAGUCAAUUCAAAAUAGAAAUUGAUAACUUAUAUAUUUUCUAUAUGAAACUGUCUCCCGCACGGCAAUUUUGUAAAUCAGUGGCAUAUUGUAGUAUCUUAAUAUUUGUAAAGUCUAAGUGUAAACUGUCUUUUUAUAUUUGUUCUUAAGAGGCUCCCUACAGUAGCGUGCGGGAUGUUCCCGGGACCAGUACGUGAACUAUCCCACGCAAUCGCAUGAUCAAAACAAAACAAAAAUUGACCGGGUUUUUUUUUUAAAAAACAGCCAUUUCUGAAAGGUUUCUAAUGGAAAAAAGCGUUGAAUAAUACUACGUUUUGAGUGCAAAAUCACUUGCGAGUCUAUACAGCAAUUUUACAUAAUUAUGAUAGGAAUAUCACUAAACCAAAAAAUAGCUACGAAACAAUGUUUAGUUUUUUAAAAUAUACACUGUCAACUGUAAAACAUUUGCCAAAUUGGAUAAAAACGUUUAAAAAGUUGUUUACUUCUCAAGAAAACGUUCACGUUUUUAGUCGUGUUUCUACAAGAUUAAAGUGAUUUUAUAUAAACAGAAAAAUAUUUCAGUUUCAUAGCCUAAUUGUUCAUUUUUAGCAAAAAGUACAAAACCAAACAUGAAACAAAAAAACACGUCCACCUGUUAAUAGCAUAGAUAUCUUAUAUACACUAGAUAGUGCAUCUAAUUAUUCUGCAAUUCAAAAAUUGAAGCCGUGAUUGCAGACUCAGGAUAUUCCCAUGAAAUGAGAAAACUCGUAUGUUUUCUAUUUCUUAAACAGGGAACUUAAACAUUAAGUUAAACCUAUUCCAAAUACAUUUUCAAACUAUUCAAAUGAUGAAAGUUAUUGUUGCCGUUAAGCGUUUAUUAGAGAGUGCGAACUACCAACAUGGCCGCCAUCUAUUCAAAUGGGGUUAACCGCUGGAAUAUUCUUGGAUAGAUGCCUAAUCUAGUUUAUAUAAGAUAUCUAUGGUUAAUAGGCUGCUACAGCUCAUAGAUUGAGUAAACGGCAGGGUUCAACUAGCUUCAACCUUCAAGAGGUUUUGUUGUUUUCAUCGUUUGAUCCUUCACAAUAAUCCUUGGCUGUCCAUGGCACUCAAAUUAAUCGAAACCGUAGAUUUUACCGUGCUUAAAUAAAGGUUUUUGAUUGAUUGAUUUGAUUGAUUGAUUACCCAGUAAUCUUCCCUUUUCCCCAGAUGCAGUCACAGGAAGCUCGACCAACAAAGCAUAUACCGCCAUUCCACAACAUUCUUGUUGAUAACAACAAGAAGAAAUAUUUUGAUGAAGCUCUGUAUGAGUUUGUUGGAACAUAUUUACUUCCACUUCAAGAAUCCCCCUCCAGUAAUGAGCAGCGAGAUGGUGUAAUGAACUAUUCAUUGUUCCUUCUCCGUUACUAUUUUAUUAUUGUAGAUUUUAAAGAUGCUGCGCGAGAAGGAAACGAAGAGGAACUGCUCAUUCUUCACAAGCAACUACUACAGCAUUUCAAGUCAAUGCCUGGUUACAAUGCAUAUGCAAUUGAAAUGCCUAUCAGCAUUAUUCAAUUAGAAGCAUUUCUCUCACAAGCAGAAUCACAUCAGAUUAUGUGGGCUGGAACAGUUAAUUGGAAGGGAGGCAAUUCAAGGAAUAUUGAGAUUCGCCUACUUCAGGAGAACAGGAACAAGGAUCUGAAAUAUUUAAUUAAAGCCAUGGGAGCCAACAACACUACAAAUGCAAUUGAAAGAGCAAGCCGUGCAGCAGGUGGUGUACGACAUAUUGUUGAAAACUUUGACAAUAAUGUUUCACUGGCUAAUCAGUCUUCAGACCAUACCCACAGAUCAACUAAUAAUAAUAAUUUAAUAAAAUACCGAUUUGUAACCUAUUAGGUUAAAUUACAUCAGUAGAAAGUCUCAUUAUACUACAAUAGAAUAUCUAGAUGCAUAAAAUUAUUCAUAACUUCAGUUGAAAAAGUUAUAGAGUUCAAAUUUAAAAAUAUUAAAAAUAUUAAAAUUAUGGUCUAUUCAUAUGUGAAACCAUCUGUGGAAAAAACGAUUUCAUAAAUCUGUCCGUUUUACAACUAUAGUUAUUAUAAUCGCUUCCAUAACGUGUAUUAUAGUUAUGUUCAAGUUUAGGCGGUAAGAGGUCACCCAAUUUGUCUCCAUGUCCAUUUUUAACAAAUAAACGUUCGCAUAAUAAUCGCCGCCGAUCUUUCAGUAAGGGUAUAUACCAGUAAUACUGCAAGCUUCUCUAUAAGUAGCGAAUGGCAAGACAAUACGCAGAGCCCGCUUCUGGAGUUUUUCGAUAUCUUCACUUAGGUAUUCUGUAAUAUUGAAGUGCCAAACUUGGCAGGCAUAUUCGAGUACUGGUCUGAUAAUGGUUCAGUAUACCAAAAUUAGAAUGCUAUUGUCGGCAUUUGAUCGUUUUAACAACCUUAGCAUAUAAAGGCGUUUUCCCGCUUUUUUAACAAUAUGGUUCACAUGCUCGUUCCAUUUCAAAUCAUCUUGGAUUGAGAGACCAAGAAUUCGGGCAGAUUUUACCCGUUCAAUACCAACGUUAUUUAUAGUUAACGGUAAAAACUCAUGUUUUUCUCUUGCAAAGUCAAUUACCAUUUCCUUACAUUUGCCGAUGUUGAGCUUCAUAUUAUUAACUUCACACCAAUUAUAGAUAACAUUCACUAGAUCUUGUAGUUCACUACUCUCAGUUGAUGCAACUCGUUCAGCAAACGUACUGCCAUCAACAUACUUCCAUCUAUCGCUCCAAUCAAUAAGAAGAUCAUUUAUCGUAACAAGGAACAAAGCCGGCCCUAACACCGACCCUUGCGGCACUCCACCGUUUAACGUUUGCCAGUCCGAAUGACAGUUAGCCAACUUGACUCGUUGUUUACGAUCAGAGAGAAAACUUCUAAUCCAAUUUAUAAUGGUUUGGGAAACACUCAUUUGUUGUAGCUUAUUCACCAGUAUGUUGUGAUCUAUUCGAUCAAUAGCUUUUUCAAAAUCAAGCAAGAAUACUCUCACCGCACUCAGGAGGGGAUGGAUCAGGCUCAGUAGGGCAUGGGUAGCCGAGGAAUUUUUAACGGAGCCAAACUGCCGCGUAUCAAUCUUUGCACCAAUUGACUUAAGUAACUAGUCUGUAACAAACCGUUCGCAAAUUUUGGAUAAAGUGGGG